AUGCAAGAAACUGAGUUAGUUAGUAUUCCAAAGAGCUUGGAUUUGAGUUGUAGAGAAUAUUCUGCAACCCUUGAGGAUCUAUUGCAGGCAAUAUAUCCCAAUAUUCCGACUCAGUCUAUCCAUCCAUCAUUUUUUGCUAAACGCGCUAUAUUGACACCACAAAAUGAAGAUGUUGAUUUGAUCAAUUCAAGGCUAAUUGAUAAGUUCUUUGGAGAUGUCUGUAUUAACAAAAGCUUUGAUUCAUUAUUUUGUUGCGUAACCUUGAUCCAUCAAGCGGCUUAUGUUAUGGAACUAGACUUAUUUGCAAAAAAAUUCAUGCCAAACGUUAUACAAUGUGAGAUUUCUAUAGGAUUUUCAAAGGGUGAGUGUGUCAUGUUGCCGCGCAUUAAUCUCAGGCCCUCAGAAUCAUCUGGUUAUCCAUUCCAAUUUCAGAGAUUGCAAUUUCCAAUCAAGUUGUGCUUUGCAAUGACUAUUAAUAAAUCACAAGGUCAAACUCUACUUGACAUUGGAGUGUACAUUCGACAACCAUGUUUUUCUCAUGGGCAAUUGUACGUUGCACUUUCUCGGGCCAGGAAAGCCAACAACAUAAAGGUGUUAGAUGAAAGUUCAAUAGAACAGAAGGCAACAUCACCAUGUGUUGCAAAUGUGGUUUCGCAUGCUCUUUUGAAGUAA